GAUUACUAAAUGCUCUGAUCCUUGUCUGCUUUAUAUAUACAUCCUGAGUGCACAGCCCUGCCUGUCAGUGUGUUGUAUGUGAACACAGAGGAAUGGCGUGGACCCUGUACCUCCUUAUAGCUGUACUGCUACUGCUCCUUUUCAAGAAGGUAUUUGGUAGGCGAGGUAACCUCCCUCCAGGCCCAACACCUCUACCUAUCCUGGGGAACCUUCUACAUCUAAAGAGCAGAGAGACACACAAGCCUAUACUGGAGCUAAGUAAGAAGUAUGGACCUGUCUACACGUUGUACAUCGGGCCGCAGCCUGCAGUGGUGCUGGUCGGAUACAAGGCUGUGAAGGAAGCUCUAGUUGACAACGCAGAGAAAUUCAGUGGCAGAGCAGAGGUCCCAAUUUUAGAUCUGACCAGCAAGGGAUAUGGACUUGCCUUUAGCAAUGGUGAACGCUGGAAGGAGCUAAGGCGGUUCUCUUUGACUACCUUACGCAACUUUGGAAUGGGUAAAAGAAGCAUUGAAGAACGUAUACAGGAAGAAGUCCAGCAUCUUUUGGAGUAUUUCCAGGAAUCCAAAGGUUCAGUCUUUGAUCCAACAUUCUUUAUUCGUCGAUCAGUCUCUAAUGUCAUUUGUUCAGUCCUCUUUGGGAAACGGUUUGAGUAUACAGAUCCAAAGCUGCAGACACUGCUGGACCUGGUAGCUGAGAAUCUCCGGCGGGUGGAUAAUAUCUGGGUUCAGGUGUACAAUUUCAUACCUUCCAUCCUGAAAUAUCUGCCAGGACCUCACCAUAAGCUUGCCGAAAAUUACCAAGCACAGCUGGACUAUGCGGAGGAGAUAGUAAGAGAACAUGAGGAGACUUUGGACUCCUCCUCACCACGAGACUAUAUUGAUGUGUUCCUACUCAAAAUGCAACAGGAAAGCAAGAAUCCACACACAGAAUACAAUCUACCAAACCUGCUCUCCUGUUCACUGGACAUAUUUUUUGCUGGACAGGAGACCACCAGCAGCACAUUGUCAUACACGCUGCUGAUCCUGAUGAAAUAUCCUCAUAUUAAGGAAAAGGUCCGGGCAGAGAUAGAGAAAGUCAUUGGCCAAACCCGUAGACCUUGUAUGGAGGACCGUACCAAGAUGCCAUACACUGAUGCUGUAAUGCACGAGGUCAUGCGUUUUAUUGACUUCUUACCACUUGGAGCCCCUCAUUCUGUGACGGAGGAUACUGUCUUCAGAGGAUACAAUCUGCCCAAGGGUACCAUCAUCUUCUCUGUUCUGCACUCUGUGCUGUACGAUGCCUCCUUCUUUGAAAGGCCCCAGGAGUUUUAUCCUGAACAUUUUCUAGACCAGAAAGGAUUGUUCAAGAAAAAUGAAGCCUUUAUGGCAUUCUCUGCAGGAAAGAGGGCUUGUCCUGGAGAAGGCCUGGCACGUAUGGAGCUUUUCCUCUACCUCACAUCCAUCCUUCAGAAAUUCGACAUCCGCUCUGAUAAACCUCCUAAUGAAAUUGAUCUCUCGCCAGAAUACAGCGGAAUUGGAAAAAUGGCUCCCAGGUUUCAGAUGUCAUUCGUCCCCUAUUAA